AUCAUCUGGUUUCUCACUUGUCUGGGCAGAUUAGCUAGUUAGGUGCUUGCUCAGCCAUCGAAUCCGGCUUGUAUUGCACGGAUGACCUUGACAUCUGUUGCUCGAACGCAAGCCGCCGAUACAUGUUCUUCCAUGUUUCCUACGCCUCGUUCGCUGUCGUGGUAGCCUCUCUCGUCUGAGCGCCUGCAGCCAUGUGGCGGGGUCCGUUCACGUCAACGGCCAACUGGCUUCACAGGGGCAAGAGUUCCGUGCGGCGACAGGCCGAGCAGCUGCACAGAUUCUGGGAAGCUUCGCCCGCUCGUCACAUCACCAGCUCAAGCGCCACAACCGCCACUGCGUCCGUCCCCGCCGCCGAUGGCGCCGCCUUUGCCGCCGGGGUCGACGGCUGCGCCGCCGUGCGGAGCUGUGACGGCGUGGAGGAUGUUCUGGUGCGACACGGCUGUGAUCUCGCCAGCUGUGUGUCGUCUAGCGCGCCAAACCCGGCGGAUCUGGCGGUUCCGAUCACGAGCCGUUCAUCGCACGCAGUCUCCGCGCUUCUCUCGAUCCCAGCCGUGGGAUGGGGGGCUGCGUCCUCCCACUUUCACCCUCCCCGUUCCGCCUUCUAUCCCUCUCACCCGUCUCACUCCGGAUCUCGCGCCCUUAGGUACUGGGGCUCUCGCUCGUAUCGCCCCACUUCCCCUCUUGCUUCCCGCCAACGACGCCAAAGAGAAGGAGGGGUUCCCCCCGGCGAAGCUCAGAGAUUAGAUCCGUCUAAAACCCUGAAUCCCGUCAGAGUACCCUCAAUAGGCGCCAUCCAGACGUCCACGUCAUCCCUACAAGGCUCACAGGCUGCACACGUGCCGCACGUGCGGUAUAUCCAACGUCAGCUUGUGCACACGGGCGCCGUUCCCGCGGUCUCCUCGCCGUCGCCCAUGCCGUCCUCUUCCCCCUCCGCCGCCUCUUCCGCCGCGGCCCCCCCUGCGCUGAUAGAUCGCGACGCCAUCGCGCAGCAUCUCUUCCCCUCCGAUCGAUCCAGGCAUCUCGCAAACGUCUCAGCGGCAGCGAACGCAGGGGCGGCGGCGGUGGCGGCGGCGGCGUCGCGAUCGAGGAGCGGAGCUCUCGUUCCGGCAGACGCGGCGGCUGACGCGGCGCCUGCGGCGGUGCUAGCGACCAGCAUGGCCUUGCCGUGUCGCCAGCUGCUCGCUGCUGUCUGCCCCACCUCCGUCUUCCACGUCAUCGACACGUGGGUGACCGCACCCGACGCAGCCGCAGUCAACGCGGUUAACGCCGUCAGCGGGGCGGCGCGGGUAACGAGCGCCGGCCCCUGGUCAUUGGCGGUCGCCAGGGGCGCGGGGUUACCGACUGCCUCGGGCGGGAGCGGGGGGCGGGAGGAUGUCUUGCGCAGGCUUGGGGGGGCUCUUGGGGGGAGCGGGAUUGGGCAGGUCGGGGAAGGGAACGGGCGGGGCAGGGGCAUUUCGGGAACUGCUGCGCCUGCGGGCGUCCCGCAACCGGUUUCUGACUUGUCUGGCGCAGAGGCUGAAACAGGCGCAGGCGUAGACUCUGCUCUAGGAGCAAGCCCGGGAGAAGCAGAGCCAAAGGUAGCGGGGCAGGCAAUAGCGGAGGACACGGAGCCUCUGUGGACCCUAGAUCUUGACCCCAUCCGACGUGGCUCGUUCAGAUUGGGGCAGAUGCAGAGGGUGGCACAAGGGCAGAACAGCAGCAGCAGUGGGGGGCUGGAGGAGGGUUUAGCCGAGAGCACCAGGGUUUCUGGCGACGACUUCAGAAGCACUAUCUGGGAUCGGCUGGUGGCGGAAAGAUUCUCAGAUCCGCUGCGCGCCGAGUCGAGUUCCCGCGGCAGGGUUUUGGGUUCAGAGGGGGCCGCAAGGGAAGGGGAGGCGGGCGGGGAGUGGGCGGACGGCGCAAGGGGGCAGGGGCAGGUUGGGGGAAAUGAGCAGCGGAGGCACCAGCAGCAGCAGCAGCAGCAGCGACAACGGCAGCAGCGGCAGCAGGCGCAGCAGGUGCAGCAACGGCACUAUACAGACUCCGCCCUUGGCGGGAUUCUUUCCGCCGCGCCAUCAUCAUCAGCAGUCUCUUCCGCUGGUGCUGGCGGAGCUGCCGCGGCCGCGGAGAGCGCCCAUGAGGCGCUGGCGCGGGGGGACGGGCGGGGGGGGAUGCCAGUGGCGGAGGAGGCGCUGUGGCGCGCGCGCGUGGCGGAGCUGAUGCGCGUGGCGCUGGAGGAGGUGGAGGAGCGGCGCAGCAAGCUGCGAGUGCGCGCGGAGGACGAGGAGCGGCAGCGGGCGCGCGAGGUGGAGGCGUACAAGCGGGCGGCGGAGGAGCACCGGCGGCAGCAGCACGACAUGAUGAAGAAGCGCAUGGGCCCGCGCACCGGCAUGGGGCAGCAGCUCAUGGCGCAGUGGUUCGGGCGGCUCAAGGGCGCUGUGCUGGAGGAGCGAACGCGGUAUGAGACCGGGGGGGCCCUCGCCACCCCCAGCAGCAGCAGUGGGAAGAGUAGCAGUGCUGGUAGUGGUGGUGGUGGUACGGGUGUUAGCGGCCUCAGCAGCGCCGAUCGCGCGCUGCAGGUGUUUGGGGACUUCCUAGUGAAGGUGGAUGCGGAGAAGCUCGCCGCAAUCACCCUAAACCGCACCGUGGAUCUGCUCCUAUCGGAGCAGGCGCGCAUGGCGCGCGGCAGGGAGGGCGCGCAGGGGCAGCGGGGGGGCCGGGGCGGCGGCGGCGGAGGGGUGAGGGGCGAGACAGAGAAGGGUUUCAAGUCGUUCGCUCGGACGGUGUCGCUGGCGACGCAGAUCGGCAAGGCAGUGGAGGUGGAGGUGAACCUGGCGCGCGUGCAGGACGAGGUGCGCCGCAGCAUGCGCGCCCAGCGCAAGAAGCAGAAGCAGGCGUCGCAGGCCCUGCAGGCGGAGCAGGGGGCGGAAGGGGAAGGGGACGGGGGAGGAGCAGGGGCAGCGGGGGAGAAAAGCAAGGGGCGAGGGGGGAGAGGGGGGAAGGGGGCAGCGGGAGCAGGCGCGGGGGCAGGGACCGUGAAGGAGGAGGCGGAGGAGGCGGAGGAGGCGGAGGUGGACAUGGGGCGGGUGGCGGCGCAGAGGGAGGUGCUGCGGAAGCUGGGGCGGGAGAGGCAGAUGGCGGAGUGGCAGAAGAAGCGGCUGGUGGCGGCGGCCGUGGCGCAGGCGCAGGAGCCGUGGGGCACGGAGCACUACGUGCAGGUGGGGUCGUGCCUCAUCCAGCUGCUGCUGCAGUCCGCCCACGUGCCGCAGGCGCUGCUGAGGAGGGGGAACGGCGGAGGGGAGGGGAAGAGUGGCGCGGAGGGGGGAGUGGAGGAGGGGAGGAAGGGCGCGGAGGGGGGGGUGGAGGAGGAGGAAUUUGUGCCAGCCUUUGUGAUGGAUCGAGUCAAACUGGGCACUGGCGGCGCGCAUCAGCGGUACGGAGUGGUUGCAUGUGCCACGGAGCUCGAAGACAUCCUCGAUAAAUUCGCGUUGCAGCACGUGCCCUUCAUGCCCUACAUGCCCAUGCUCGUGCCGCCUCGAGAAUGGCGCAGGUACAACUGGGGCGGGUACCUCUUCCUCCCCAGCAGCAUCAUGCGUGUGUUUGGCAACCCCGAGCAGCGCAAUGUGCUGCAGCGCACCGACCCCAGCCGACUCAAAAGGGUCUUCCGGGCGCUGAACGUGCUGGGGUCCACGCCAUGGCGCAUCAACCAGAAGGUGCUGGCGGUGCUGGAGCAGAUAUGGCAGGACGGAGGGUGCAAGGCCGGCCUCGUCGACAGAAACGAUGUGCCGGUGCCAGAGGAGCCGGACGAGGGAGUGUCGGAGGAGGAGCGCAAGGCGUGGCGGCGCGCGCGCAAGAAGGCGGUAAAGGAGAACAUGGAGCGCCACUCCAUGCGCCAGGACCUCCGCCUCAAGCUCGAGGUGGCCCGUCAGUACGCGCAGGAGCCGCGCUUCUACUACCCGCACAACCUGGACUUCCGCGGCCGCGCCUACCCCAUGCACCCGCACCUCAACCACCUGGGCGCCGACCACUGCCGCGGCCUCCUCCACUUUGCACACGGCAAGCCCCUUGGCCCUUCGGGGCUGCGCUGGCUGAAAGUCCACCUGGCCAAUCUAGUUGGCAGCGGCGCAGACAAGUUGAGCUUUGACGACCGCGUGAAGUUCGUGGAUGAGAGGAUGGAGGAGGUGCGGGCGUCGGCGGAGCAGCCAUUGGAGGAGGGAGGGGGGUGGUGGAUGGAGGCGGAGGACCCCUUCCAGUGCCUGGCGGCAUGCAUUGAGAUUGUCAGCGCCGUGGAUUCGGGCUGCCCCGAGAAGUUUGUGUCGCACCUGCCCGUGCACCAGGACGGGUCGUGCAAUGGGCUGCAGCACUAUGCGGCGCUGGGGAGGGAUGUGGACGGAGCGCGGUCAGUGAACAUGGUGAGCAACGAGCGCCCUGCUGACGUGUACACGGGCAUUGCUGAGCUGGUGAAGGAGGUGGUGCAGCGUGACGUGGCAGGCAGCCACAGGCCGCCCAGUCCCAGUCAGCCGCACAGGCAGAGGCACAGCAAUGGGAAGGCGGAAGGUGUGGAUGCUUCACAUGCUGCGACAUGCAGCAGUGAUGUGGGGGAGGGGAGGGAGGGGAGGGAGGGGCGGGAGGGAAAAGAGGUGAGAGAGGGAGAGGGAGAUGAUUCCCUGCGUGGCGAUGCUGGCCCUAUUUCAGCUGCCGAUGUUGCUGCUCUCGAUGCCAUUCUAGGCGAUGGUAUGGCGACUGGUUGCGGCAGCGGCAGUGGCAAGCACAGUAGGAGUAGCAGCAGCAGCAGCAGCAGCGUUGGCACAUGUAGAGGAGACGAGGAGGACUGGAGCAGUGACAACGACCCCGCUGCCACUUUGCUACCUAGUGACGAUGACCAUGACGACAAUGACGAUGGCGCAAGUACCUCUAGAAGUGAGGCCGGCGUACUUAGAUUAGCAGGCGACAGAUCUAGGCUAGGUAGCAACAGAAGCGCUGGCAGCAGCGACCACUCGGCGAGUGAGGACGCGCGGAGGCGGGGCGUGCAGGCGCGGUUCCUGACGGGGCAGGUGGACCGCAAGCUGGUGAAGCAGACGGUCAUGACGUCCGUGUACGGCGUCACGUUCGUGGGCGCGCGCACGCAGAUCAUGAACCGCAUCAAGGAGCGGUCGCUCACGGACGACGACCGCCAGCUCUACUCCGCUUCAGCCUACGCUGCUAAGGUGACGCUGGCAGCCAUGGACCAGAUGUUUGACUCCGCCCGCCAGAUCAUGGCGUGGCUCGGGAAAUGCGCACAGCUGAUAGCAGCAGAGAACGAGUCGGUGAGCUGGACGACGCCCCUGGGGCUGCCAGUGGUGCAGCCGUACCGCAAGGAGGGCCGCAAGGUCGUCAGGACCGCCCUGCAGUCCUUCACGCUCAUCGACGAGCGCAUGCGCCGCGACGUGGUGGGGCAGCGGCAGAAGUCAGCGUUCCCGCCCAACUUUGUGCAUUCGCUGGACUCCACGCACAUGAUGAUGACCGCCAUGGCCUGCUACAACCGCCGCAUCACAUUCGCCGGUGUGCACGACUCGUACUGGACGCACGCAGCCAGUGUGGAUCGCAUGAAUGAGAUCCUUCGAAAGCAGUUCGUUGCCCUGCAUGGCCAGCCACUGCUCGAGAAUCUCUUAGAGGAGUUUCGGGAGAAGUACCCCCACCUGGACUUCCCCAGCGUGCCGCGCCGGGGCCAGUUUGACCUCAACAACGUGCUCUCAGCUCCCUACUUCUUCGACUAGUCCUGCCCAACCACGGCUUGUGGUGCCUGAGCCGCGAAGUAGAUUGUUCACUUGGUGGUCAGCCCCCUGGUGCAUCUCUCUCCUCUGCCCCCUUUGGCGCUCUCUUACCCUCUGGGCGUGCUUGAUCGGGAGGGAUCAGGCUGAAAUCGGCCCUUCAACCAGGCCUGGCUGUGGCUGACCAAUGACCAAUUUUGUCUACGAGCAGGGCAAGGCUAGGAGGAGUGAUGCGAUGCCGCAACCGGCAAUGCUCCAAGAAACAAGAGAGAGAGAGCCGAGCGGUGUGGCACAAGGAACUGCAGCGCUUUGGGGAUAGCAUGCUACUUCGAGCCCAUACUGCUACUGCCCUGUUCACUGCAGUGCACUGCCGGAUGAAGCAUUGCCAACUGUCCGCAUGCAGCAGCAGCAGCAGCUCCAGUGGCAGCAAUGGCAGCAGUGACAGUAGUGGGUAGAUGCAGUAGGAGCAGUGUCUAGGUUAGCCUUCGCAAAUGUGGCUACCAGGUUGGAAUAGCAACUGGUGCAAAGCAGCCACUGCUGAGCCACAAAUAUCAUGACAGCCUGAGAUACUCCUCCCUAGGCAGAGAAUGUGGUCAAGGGAGGACUAAGGAGGACUAGGGAGGGAGGACUAGGGAGGAUCAGAAACACAGAUGGGAGGAGCAGGUUGCACAGGGCAGGCUGCAUCAAGCCUUGAGACCAGAGCUGAGUUACCAGACUACUUAGUUUAGUCUGUUUAAUCUGAAAUUUCAGAUCCUAUUGUUGGCU